UUGCUUUCCCUAUUGUCUGAGGCAGCCGACCUCGGACUGUGCAAAUUCUGGGUCUUUUGUUGGUUCUGGUGCAGGCUAAUAAAGUUUUUCUUUCAUUUAUUUUUUUCUUCUACUUUUGACGGGAGAAAUUAUCUCCCCAGGGCCGCCGGGUUGGAAGCGCUGCCUAGGCCGGAGGUGUCCUCCGGCCGGGAAGCGCCGUGGUUAGGGGACCGAGCGGCCAGGGCCGGGGGUGGGCGGGGGACACCGCGGCGCUGCUCCUGAGAGCGCCCUGGUCCGGUUGGCAGCGCCGCCGAUUUGAAAUAGCAUCUUUCGGACUUGUCUCCGCGGUCCCAGUCCCAGACCUCGGCGCUCCCUCUCCCUAGGUCUCCAAACGACCACCUCACGGAUUCCUUAUGGAUCGCAGCUCCAAGAGGAGGCAGGUGAAGCCUUUGGCAGCUUCUUUGCUGGAAGCUCUCGAUUAUGAUAGUUCAGAUGACAGUGAUUUUAAAGUUGGAGAUGCCUCAGAUUCUGAAGGGAGUGGUAAUGGAAGUGAAGAUCCCUCAAAGGACAGUGGAGAAGGAUCCUGUAGUGAUUCUGAAGAAAAUGUUUUAGAGGAAGAAUUGAAUGAAGAUACUAAAGUAAAAGAACAACAAUUUAAAAAUUCUGCAGAAGAAGAAAUACUAUCAUCAGAAAAACAGUUAAUUAAAAUGGAAAAGAAGGAAGAAGAAGAAAAUGGAGAAAGACCUAGAAAGAAGAAGGAGAAGGAAAAAGAGAAGGAGAAAGAAAAGGAGAAAGAGAAAGAGAAGGAAAGAGAUAAGGAAAAAGAAAAAGCGACAGUGUCUGAUAAUGUGGUUGUUUCUGCUGCUGCCUCCACACCACCCACAAGUCCUCCUCCUGUUAACACAUCCCCUCCUGUUCCCUCUACGACAGCUGCUACAGACGAACAAGUCAAUGAACCAAAAAAGUGGAACCUUCGUCGAAACCGACCACUUUUGGAUUUUGUAUCCAUGGAAGAGCUGAAUGACAUGGAUGACUAUGACAGUGAGGAUGACAAUGAUUGGCGGCCUACUGUAGCAAAAAGAAAAGGAAGAUCUGCAUCUCAGAAGGAGGGAAGUGAUGGUGACAAUGAGGAUGAUGAAGAUGAGGGGAGUGGGAGUGAUGAUGAAGAGAAUGAUGAAGGCAAUGAUGAAGAUCAUAGCAGCCCUGCCAGUGAAGGGGGUUGCAAGAAGAAGAAGAGUAAAGUUCUUAGCAGAAACAGUGCUGAUGAUGAGGAACUGACCAAUGAUAGCCUGACAUUAUCUCAAAGCAAGAGUAAUGAGGACUCGCUGAUUCUUGAGAAGAGUCAAAACUGGAGUUCUCAAAAAAUGGACCAUAUUCUGAUUUGCUGUGUUUGUCUUGGAGAUAAUAGUGAGGAUGCUGAUGAAAUAAUUCAGUGUGAUAAUUGUGGCAUUACAGUCCAUGAAGGUUGUUAUGGAGUUGAUGGAGAGAGUGACUCUAUUAUGAGUUCAGCUUCUGAAAACUCCACUGAACCUUGGUUUUGUGAUGCCUGUAAAUGUGGUGUUUCUCCUAGUUGUGAGCUAUGUCCUAAUCAAGAUGGAAUUUUCAAGGAGACAGAUGCUGGAAGAUGGGUUCAUAUUGUUUGUGCCCUGUAUGUUCCUGGAGUAGCCUUUGGAGAUAUUGACAAAUUACGACCAGUAACACUAACAGAAAUGAACUAUUCUAAAUAUGGUGCCAAGGAAUGUAGCUUUUGUGAAGACCCUCGUUUUGCUAGAACUGGAGUUUGUAUUAGCUGUGAUGCAGGAAUGUGCCGAGCCUAUUUCCAUGUAACCUGUGCCCAGAAGGAAGGUUUGCUUUCAGAGGCAGCAGCAGAGGAGGAUAUAGCAGAUCCAUUUUUUGCUUAUUGUAAGCAACAUGCAGAUAGAUUAGACAGAAAGUGGAAGAGAAAAAACUACUUGGCUUUACAAUCCUAUUGUAAAAUGUCUUUGCAAGAGAGAGAGAAACAGCUAUCACCAGAAGCACAGGCAAGGAUCAAUGCCCGGCUUCAGCAGUACCGUGCCAAAGCAGAGCUAGCUCGAUCAACCAGACCCCAGGCCUGGGUUCCAAGGGAAAAAUUGCCCAGACCACUCACUAGUAGUGCUUCAGCCAUUCGUAAACUGAUGCGGAAAGCAGAACUAAUGGGGAUCAGUACAGAUAUCUUUCCAGUCGACAAUUCAGAUACUAGUUCUAGUGUGGAUGGAAGGAGAAAGCAUAAACAACCAGCCCUCACUGCUGAUUUUGUGAAUUAUUAUUUUGAGAGAAAUAUGCGCAUGAUUCAAAUUCAGGAAAAUAUGGCUGAACAAAAGAAUAUAAAGGAUAAAUUAGAGAAUGAACAAGAAAAGCUUCAUGUGGAAUAUAAUAAGCUCUGUGAAUCUUUAGAAGAACUACAGAACCUGAAUGGAAAACUUCGAAGUGAAGGGCAAGGAAUAUGGGCCUUGUUAGGCAGAAUCACGGGGCAGAAGUUGACUAUACCGGCAAUUUUGCGAGCACCCAAGGAGAGAAAACCAAGUAAAAAAGAAGGAGGCACACAAAAGACUUCUACCCUUCCUGCAGUACUUUAUAGUUGUGGGAUUUGUAAGAAGAACCAUGAUCAGCAUCUUCUUUUAUUGUGCGAUACCUGUAAACUCCAUUACCAUCUUGGAUGUCUGGAUCCUCCUCUUACAAGGAUGCCAAGAAAAACCAAAAAUAGUUAUUGGCAGUGCUCAGAAUGUGACCAAGCAGGGAGCAGUGACAUGGAAGCAGACAUGGCUAUGGAAACCUUACCAGAUGGGACCAAACGAUCAAGGAGACAGAUUAAGGAACCAGUGAAAUUUGUUCCACAGGAUGUGCCACCAGAACCCAAAAAGAUUCCAAUAAGAAAUACGAGAACCAGAGGACGAAAACGAAGCUUCAUUCCUGAGGAGGAAAAACAUGAGGAGAGAGUUCCUAGAGAAAGAAGACAAAGGCAAUCUGUGUUACAAAAGAAGCCCAAGGCUGAAGAUUUAAGAACUGAAUGUGCAACUUGCAAGGGAACUGGAGACAAUGAAAAUCUUGUCAGAAAUAAUGGAUAUACAAAGUCCCUCUGGUUUGACGUUGGUAAGAAAACAUCAUUGGUUUUCUGCAAAGGUUUUAAAGAGAUACCCUUCAUGAGACCCAACUCUGCCACAGCUCAUCCUCGGAGGCAAUCCUGGAAACCUCUUUUAUAAGUGUGAUUUUAAAAAUGUGGAUUAACCUCUCAAUAGAGUACAUAAAGUAAAGGAGAACAGCUAUCUUGUCCUUUUCAUAAGCUUAUCACUGCAAAAAGUUACUUUUGCUUGUCAGGUUUGGAUAGAAUGUAAUUAAUCAGUUUGUUACUUGGACUGACAAGGCAGUUGAUUUGCCUGUGUGGAUUUUUUUUCUAUUUUUUUGUCUUUUUUUCUUUCUUUUUUUGUAUUUUCUGCACGGAUCAGAAAUACUUGAUAUGUGCAUUAUUGAAAAAUGCUGGAUAAAUGUCUUAUCAGAAUUGUCUUAUUAAGUAAUGACUUUCCUUCUUUGGCAAACGAUGAUAUAUAAUGUUUGGACUUACUGAAGAGUUGUGGAAGCUCAUGGGACUUAAAUGCAAUAUGCUACUCCUUGCUAUUGAACAAUACAAGUAACAAACAAGAAAGACAAUGCAUUCCACUAGCCUGCUAUUCUGUUUCAGUCAACUUAAUACAUAUAUUCAUACAUGAAAUGCUGCACUGGGAAACAACUAUAGACUCUUACAUAAAACGUUAUUUCUAUUUAUUAUAUUCAGUAAAAGUGAAAGACUGUGAAGCAUAUGACAUUCUAUUUUCGACUUAACUAGCCCUAGUGUGAAAGCACUAUUAUUAGCAUGAAAUUUUUACAACUUCAGAUUUUAAGCUCAUGAAUUAAAACAUAUCUGUGUUGAUCUCUAGAUAUUUUUAGUACUACCCAAAUAUAUUUGGUCCAUAUUGUUUUAAAAUGAACUUUUUGUGUUCUAUAGUUUUCUCAACCUUAAAUAUGAACUUACGAAAUAAGGAGGGAAAUACAAAGCUUAUUGACUAUACAACCUGCCAGCUGAAAGAUCUUCAUCAACAUCUGUAUCUUUCCAGAGAUAUGCAGAAUUAAAAUUUGAUCAAGCUUUACGGUCCAGUCUUAAGUCAACAACAGAAAUAUGUUGAAUUUUCCAUCACUCAAUCUUGAACUGAUUUAGAAAAGACUCUUUGCUGAAAUUGAAAUGUACAUAUACAUGUAAAUUAUCAGUAUGUAUCUUGGAAUUUCCUUAUUUAUAAUGUGGUUUUGAAUAUCUUUUCAGGUAUAGUGACAUUGAAAAUAGUUUAAACUUACGAAUAGAAUAGGCAAUGUUAUAGAUAAUUAAAAGUAUUUGUAAUUAUAAAGUUGCUAUAUGCUAGUAAUCUAUAGUUAUAUUAAGGAACCAUAUGAUUGAUGGUAUGUUUAAUACAAGUAAAAUAUGUAUAUAAUUACAUAUAAAUAGAUUAUUAACUGAAAAUGCUCGUAACAUUGGAGAAAAAAUAUUAGUUAUCUUUAACAAAAAUUAAUAGGCUUUCUUUUAAGAAUAAGAAAAGACUAAAAUCUCUAUAUAAGUAUAUAAGCUUAAGAAAAAAAUUGGUAAUUACUACUAUUGCUGAACUCUACCUGAUUUUAAGAAAAACGCUAGAUUACAGUUUACUUAAUGGAACAUGCUAAUUGCAGUUUACUUAAUAGAAUAUGCUAAAAAUUGGACCCUGGUUCUCUUUUAAGAUAUGAUGAGAAAUUACUAGUGGUCAUUUUAUUUUCAGGUUUUUGAGAAAUCUUUAGGCUUUGUAGUUUUGGUGCCACUGUUAGUCAAACUGCUUUUCAUCUUGGUACUAGUUAGAAUAAUACAUUAUCAUCAUUCCCCAUCUUACAGUUUUCAGUGGUGGAUAUGCUAUUCCAUAUUUGGUGCUAGUGCUAAGAAUCUUUGUCUUAUAUUACACAUAUAAACUGCAUAAUUCAUAGGAUGAUAGGUCCUACAAGAGUGUAGUUGAAGUAUGAAACUAUUGAAGGAAGUAAAAUAAAGCACUUUCUCCUAGUAAUAUCCUAAACAUUCUCAUAUUUUCACAGUGUAAUAUUAAUCCUUGUCCAUAAUUGGUCCCCUAUAAGGAGAAAAUCAACAUAAUUAGGAAAAUAUGUACUGAAUGAUUUAUGUUUCACAAAAAUAUAUCAAAGAAAAUGGUACAUCAGGUAAUGGUCACACAAUAGGAAAAGGAAGAAACACUAAAAUAUCAGGAAGGAAGUUAAUGUCUCCAAAAUACAAAAAUGACAUGGUAGUAAAUAGUAGUUCUCAGACUUUAUCAUGCAUCAGAAGCACAGGAAGAAUUUGUUAAUACACAGAUGUCCGCCCUAGUCCCCUCCUUUUCCUCCCUCUCCUCACCUUACUACCUCCCCCGUCAAGCUGCUGUUUCUAAUUUCAGUAGGUCUGGGAUGAAAGCUGAAAGUUUGCAUUUCUAACAAGUUCCCAGGUGUUGUUAAUGCUGCUGGCCAUAAAGACUACACUGAUAACCAUUCAUGUGUAGAACUCAAAAAAAAAAAUCAUUAUGAUACAUUUAACAUUGAUUGAUAAAGGAAUAUGGCUUUAAUUGCCUCAUAAGGGCCCUUAGAUUUUCAAAAAUUCUUGUUUCUAGAUAAAAGAGUUUGCGGUGGUUUUAUCUACAACACAUAUAAUUUCUUUUUUUUUAUAAAUUCAAUUAAACAAAUGUUUGUUUUAUACUUAUGGGAACAGCACUAUUUUAUUUUAGAUACAGAAAGGAAUCAGAAACAUAAUGUGUCCACAAUUCAGUAAUUCUUUUGUUACAAAAAGACUUGAAGUUGGGGUUAUAUUUGAGUAUGAAAAUGAAAUUUAGCCUUAACCUUUAUCUAGCUUAAGUUUAGAAGUUACAUUUAUGCAUCUCAUACAAAUCCUUGUCAUUUAUUAUUGCUUGAAUGUUUGUCUGAUUUUACAUUUAUGAUGUAACAAUAGAUUGCUAAUAGUUAAUAAGAAAAUUCACACUCACUAUCCUGUUUCCUUGUUUUUCCAUCCUAUCCUUAAUGAAACCACUUUUUAAACAGUUACAGUCACUUAUUUCACAAAGUUUACCGCUUUACUUGAUUCACAAUAUGGCAGUAUUUUAUAAAUAUUUAUUUAAAAUCUAUUUAAGGAAUUCCAUCAUACUCUUCCAAGUGAAGUAUUUACAUAAUUCUUUUUUAUUUUUCAAAAAUGCUUUUUGACAAAUUAAACUUGUUUAAGAGACUCAACUUAGAGUUGUGUGGCAUAUAAAGGUGGAAUUUUUUUCCUAUCUGUCUAAUUCAUUACUUUGUAAGUUAACACAAUAUUAUAGGUUUUUAUUUCUAAGAUAGUCAUGCUUUGCAAAUACUUCUGUAUUAAAAUAUAGGCCUCUUUCUCAUAGUACUCACUCUAAGGUUUUCUGUAGGUUUGCUGAUAAGAUUCACUGCUGUUCAGGUACAGAAGAUGUAAUGAAACUAUAUGCUCAUGCUGGGCUUUGUAAAUAAAAUGAGAUUGACCCCAAGCCAUUACCUCAUUUAUCUGAUUUACAUUGUAAAAUUAGAAUCCAUGUUAUUAGCUAAUCCAUAAUUAGCUAAUUAUGAAAAGGGAAAUAUAAAGUUAUGUGGACGUUGAGCACAGCAGGUUAUACUGCUGAAAAGUUUCCAAGGGCAUGAGCAGAUGGAGAUCAGUUUAUUAAAGAACAAAGCAGAUGUGUUUCAGGUAUGGAAAUGUCUAAUCUUCCUCUCAUGCUAUGAAGAGGUACUAGCCCUUAUUGUGUAUUUUAUAUGAAUUGUUUUGUUUCGUGUUUUAUUUUUUUGUUUCAUUUUUAAUCUUGAAACAUAGCUGUUGCAGAUGUAGCUAAUUUCAUUCUCUAAGUAACUGUUAAAUAUGGAUUUGAAAGUGAACAGUUUUGCACAUUUUUUCAAUUAGUAUACUUUUAUGUAUAAAGAAUAUUUUUCUUUCUUACUACCCAUUCAUUCAUUAUUCCCUGUGAUAGAAAUGUAUAGUAGCAUUACUGAAAUAGGAUCAAGUCUUUCAUAUUAGUCUUAUUUUUGUGAUACAGGAUAUAAAAGACAUUUUCUGAUUAUUUUGUAUAGAUAAUGCUCAUGUAGGUGGUUUGCCCUGAAAUUGUUGUAAAUUAUAAGGAAUAAAAUAUUGUCUUUAUUAACAUUAAGUGUUAUUCAAAUAUUGGUAGAAUGCAGAAUUUUAUGAAAGCAUUAUUUUAAAAGUGAGUCAGUUUCUUGGCCAAAUCUGUGUUUUUUCCAUGUCUUAAGAUGUUUAAUGGAGGCUCAGCGCCUGUGGCUCAAGCUGCUAAGGCACCAGCCAUAUACAUACACCUGAGCUGGCGGGCUCGAAUCCAGCCCAGGCCGCCAAACAACAAUGACGGCUGCAACCAAAAAAUAGCUGGGUGUUGUGGUGGGCUCCUGUAGUCCCAGCUACUUGGGAGGCGGAGGCAGGAGAAUCGCUUGAGCCCAGGAGUUGGUGGUUGCUCUGAGCUGUGAUGCCACAGCACUCUACCCAGGGCGACAACUUGAGGCUCUGUCUCAAAAAAAAAAAAAAAAAGAUGUUUAAUGGAAAUAAUUAGCCACUAUUCAAUGAAAGAAUU